AUGGCGGGACCUGAUCCCUCUCCUCCAACGGUCUUUCUUGCAAACUCCAAACUCGUUGCCGGAGCUCCCGUCGCCGGAAAAUUCAGCCGCGGUGAAUCUGGAGAAGAAGAUACCACGCAGCACCACUCCGGUAUCCCUUUCGCCAUAUCCCUCAACCUUCUCUCCGAUUCUUGGAAUUUCCAGCCCGAUCGCUUUCUCCCUUUUUUGACUGAGAAUACGAACUUCACUGUGAUCGGAGUGAUUGGAGGACCUGGAGUUGGCAAGUCCUCUAUAAUGAAUGAACUUUAUGCUUUUGAUUCAACUUCUUCGGAGAUGCUACCACCUUUUGUCAUCGAAUCUAAAGAGGAAAGAGCUACGGCAAGGCAUUGUUCUAAGGGCAUUGAACCAAGGAUAUCGGCUGAACGUGUUAUUCUUCUUGAUACACAGCCUGUAUUCAGUGCUUCUGUUUUAGCUGAGAUGAUGGAACCUGAUGGGUCUUCAACAAUUUCGGUGAUGACUGGAGAAUCUUUGUCAGCUGAAUUGGCUCAAGAGAUUAUGGCUAUUCAGCUUGCUGUUUUUCUAGCAUCCACAUGUCAUAUUCUGCUGGUGGUGUCAGACGGAGUCCAUGAUGACGACUUGUGGCAUUUGAUGUCAACGGCUGAUUUGCUGAAGGGUGACAUUUCAGACCCAUCCUUACUGUCUUCUAGCUCAGGGCUUGAGAAAGAUAGCAAAGUUCCUGAAAGAGAAUACAUGGCUACUCCUGUUUUUGUACGCACAAAGCUAAGAGAACAAGAGUUGACUCCUAAAAAUAUUUUGCUGCUGAAGAAGGAGCUCAUGCAGUAUUUCAAAACAUCCUCUUUUGUUACAAAAACUACUAGAAACCAUUCUGAUGAGCAAGUUUCAUCUUUUAAUAGGGAUACAGAUUCUAACACGCUAAAUUUGUUUACGAUCCCAUGUAAAGAAAAAAAAGAAAAUCCCAGAGCUGAGAGUUACAUUUCUGCUCUAAGGAAAAUACGAGAUCAGAUUUUAUCAGUGAAGCGGUCAUCUUUCAUGAGACCCGUGUCUGAGCGUGAAUGGCUAGAAAGUUCAGCCAAGAUAUGGGACCAGGUUAGAAACUCCUCAAAGAUAUCAGAAUACUGUAGAUCACUCCAAGAUUCUGGUAUGUAUUGAACAUAGAAAUUUACUGAGGUUAGAACAAUUCACUAAUAUCUUGUUGUAAAUUGAUCAUACUCGUAUAUGAAUCUCACAUUUGCUGUGCUGAUUUUAUGGCUGAUGAAUACAAUCCUAUGCUUAAUCUCUUAAAAAGAGUUGGAUGGUUCAGAUAUAUUGUUUUGCUCAUACUCAAAGUGAUGUAAAAUUUGGUGUGCUCUCAUGCUGCUAUCUUGACCUGCAAUCUUAGCUAUUAGCAUCAAGCAGAAAUUACCAUGAAAAACAGUCACAACACAGGGCAGAAAAUUAUAGAAACAAUGCCGAUACUACUAUUUGUGUCCUUGUUUGCUUGAAAUAGAAACAAAUGAAUAAGCUAUAGAAGACAUUUAACAUAUAAGGUAAUCCCACAAUACUAAAUAAAUAUUAAGAUAAAAAGAUAAACACA